UAUAUAUAUAUAUAUAUAUAUAUGUGAAAGCUUUGGCAAUUACAAGUUGGUUUUUGUUUCCCGCCCCCCAAGAAUGAAAUUCCCUCCAUUGCUUUCGCUGCAUUUUAUAGUUGUUUUGAUCAUUUUUGUAGCAGAAGUGGCCUCACAAACCAAGCCAGGCUGCAGUGGGCGUUGCGGUUCCCUUGAGAUUCCUUAUCCUUUUGGAAUAAGCGAGGGAUGUUCCCUUGAUGACUCAUUUCUCAUUACUUGUAACACCACUUUCAGCCCUCCCAGACCAUUUUUAGGACCAGGCAAUACACCUGCCCCAGUCCUCAACAUUUCUUUAGAUGGUGAAUUGCGAGUAUCGUUCUCCGUAGCCCGCCAGUGUUAUGAUGCGUCGGGCAUGCUGGUCGAGGAAACAACUUCUAGUCUCGUUUCGGAGAAAUUCCCCAUUUCGACCCGUAACAGGUUCACGGCUGUUGGUUGUGAUACAUUCGCCGCCAUUGCGGGAACCCGAGGACAGAACUUCACAACAGGAUGCCUUUCACUUUGUGAUCAAAUGGAGAGUGUGACUAACGGGUCUUGCGCAGGAAUCGGCUGUUGCCAGACUAUGAUACCAAUAGAAACGCGGAAUUUCGGUGCAGCUGUUGGUGGCUUGAACAAUCAUUCCACUGUGAACAGCUUCAACCCGUGCAGCUUUGCUUUUUUGGUUGAAGAAGGGUUUUAUAACUUCUCCAUUGCAGAUCUCAUAGAUAUGCAGAACAAACAAGACAUGCCUGUGGUGCUUGAUUGGACUGUAGGAAAUAUAACAUGCCAAGAAGCUCAAAAGGAUUUAACUACCUAUGCAUGCGAGGCCGCGAACAGCGAAUGCUUGGAUUCAAACAAUGGACCGGGGUACCGCUGCAGGUGCAAGACAGGUUUUCAAGGAAACGCUUAUCUUGUUGAUGGCUGUCAAGAUAUUGAUGAGUGCAAAGCUUCAAAUCCCUGCAGUGGGAAAUGUAACAACUUUCCAGGAGGUGUUUUUUGCUCAUGUCCAGAAGGGUUUGAAGGGGAUGGAAUGGUAAAUGGGACCGGUUGUCGUCGAAUAAUCAAUCAAGGUGAUCAAAGGAGAUUGAUAAUUCCAUUGAGUGUCAGCAUGAGUCUGUUACUGAUAAUUAUAGCAGGCUGCUGGAUAUAUUGGGGAGUUCAGAAAAGAAAGCUUAUCAAACUGAAGGAGAAAUUCUUUCAGCAAAAUGGUGGUCUUAUGUUACAGCAAAAACUCUCUAAUGGAUCAAUCGAAACUGCCAAAAUCUAUACUGCAGAGGAGCUAAAGGAAGCCACCAACAAUUACCAUGAAAGCAGAGUCCUUGGCCAAGGUGGCUAUGGAACAGUCUACAAAGGAAUAUUGCCAGACAAUAAAGUAGUAGCUAUUAAGAAAUCAAAAGUUUGUGACCAAAGCCAAAUAGAACAAUUCAUCAAUGAGGUACUCGUGCUUUCACAAAUUAACCAUAGGAAUGUGGUUAAGCUAUUAGGGUGUUGUUUAGAGACAGAGGUGCCUUUACUCGUCUAUGAAUUCAUUACAAAUGGAACUCUGGCAGACCAUCUACAUGAUAAACUAUCUGCAUCAUCACUACCAUGGGAAAUGCGUCUGAAAGUUGCUGCAGAGACUGCCGGAGCGCUAGCUUACUUGCACUCGGCAACGUCUAUGCCGAUAAUUCACAGGGAUGUCAAGACUUCCAACAUAUUGCUAGACAACAGUUACACAACCAAAGUGUCGGAUUUCGGUGCAUCAAGGUUGGUUCCACUGGAUCAAACGCAGUUAACCACAUUGGUGCAAGGGACACUAGGAUAUUUGGACCCUGAAUACUUCCACAGCAGUCAGCUAACAGAGAAAAGUGAUGUCUAUAGCUUCGGGGUUGUUCUUGCUGAACUACUAACUGGCAAGCAAGCUCUCGCUUUCGAUAGACCUGAAAAGGAGCGAAACCUUGCUAUAUACUUCAUUUCUUCAAUGAAAGAAGAUCGGUUGGUUGAAAUUCUUGAUGAUGGUAUCAUGAAUGAGGGAAGCAUUCAAAAGAUGAACCAAACGGCUGAGGUAGCAAAAAGGUGUUUAAGGGUUAGAGGUGAGGAAAGGCCUAGCAUGAAGGAAGUAGCCAUGGAAUUAGAAGGCUUGAGAGCUGUGGAGAAACAUUCUUGGAUUAAAGUUGAUUUGGGUAUUGAAGAAACCGAGCACUUGCUGCCUCUACCUUCUUCAUAUAUUGAGUUUGGCAGUAAUUCUGGCAAUGUCACUGCCACUACCACAACUUCUGGUUUUGAUAGCCUGAGAGACCAAAUAUUCUCAACACCACUUCAUGGUGGCCGCUGAUCAUUAACUCCUGCUGGAAGAUUCAAGUGCUCCAAAUUCUAGUUUUUUUUAUUGCUGUUGAUAAAUUCCAUGCGGAAUGAUCAUUUUAUUAAAGGAUUGUAUCCAAAUAUUGAUUGUUUAUAAGAAUCGCAUUUAUUCAUAUACUCA